AUGCAAUUCAAACUUUCCACAAUCGCUACUGCUUUAACUUUUCUAUCCUCGAUGGUAUGCGCCGAUUCCAAUGUGAGAUAUAUCACAUCUGAUGGCGUGGUUUACAGCUUUGCCGUUAUCACUAGCACCAUCAAGCCUGCUACUACUUACGUGACCACCAGGUAUUAUACCACUACCGAGGUGGUGCCUGUGACAUUGUCCAAUCAAGUUGUUUCUUCGUCCACAAAGGCUGUGACCAAGACUUCAACCUUGGAAGUGGUCAGCAGCACGGCACCUGCCGAGUCGUCUAGCCUGACGCCAGAAAGCACGUCAACGCUUUCCUCCAGCCAGCAGCCCGAUACAACGUCUUCACAGUCGCAGUCCUCUAAUACCCGCUCGACACUAUCAACCGCCAUCCAAAGUUCUUCGGCUGCUAGUGCCUCAAGCACCUUUUCUUUGAUAUCUUCAUCUAUCCCAGCUAGCUCGUCCCCUCGCUCGACCUUCGUUAGCUCAACUGAUGUUUCUUCUAGCGUCUCCUCAGCGACCUAUUCUGCAUCAAGUGCUUCUAGUUCUUCCUCUUCCAGUGCUAUUGCCUCCUCAACCUCAAGUGCUUUCAGUUCCACUUCAAAUACUCCUGGUAUCUCCUCUUCUAGUGCUUCUGCUACUUCUGCAUCAAGUGCUUCCAAGUCGUCCUCCACCAUCACCAAGUCUAGCCCAUCCGUUACUUCUAUUGCUUCUUCAACGCUCUCCCUGGAAGGAGAGGCUUUCACAACCGAGUAUGACGAGGAUGGAUCGUGCACAGUCUACUACGAAGAUGACGACGAUUAUUACACAACGGUAUACUUGACCGACUCAAGCCAGUCCGUGGAUGCUUACACAACAUACACCAGCACAAGAACAGUUUACGAAACGAUAUCAACAUAA